CUCGGUGCUGCUGAGCAACACGCUGCCGGUGAUGAUGAGUGGGAUAUGGAUCUUGUUGACAUGGACAUACCACAGGAUGGAAAUGAUAUCAAUGACGAGUUCAUGCAUAGUCUGUUCAUGGAUAGUGGCCCACCACAACCCAGUGCUAGCUUCCGGACAGCAGGGAAUUCAUUCUUUUCCGAAAACACUGCCGACGUGUCAAUGGAAAACCAACCGCUGGCAACGGGUUAUUACGUAUCCACUGCACCUGCAGCUGAUGUACCAGACUGGUUUUGGUCUAGCUGUCCUGGCGCAAAGAAUCGAACGCCAGUUCACUUAAAGUCCUCAUUACACAUCAAUGUACCUCUAGUGCAUCAGGGCGAUGAAUUCUUGCAAGGUAAAUCAGCCAUCGGUGACAAGCAAGAAAAGGAAAGCGGUCAUCCGUUGGAUAGUACCAAAACGGAUGAAGUUUUAAGACAUGUUCUGGAGACCUACAAUGCCCUUUCUUGGUUGAACAUCGAUGUUGUAUCGGGAGAACGACGUAGCUGUCUUCCGAUCCACAUGCAAGCCCUCAUCAGACUUUAUCACUCGGUAGCGAGACUCAUCAUGUAA